UACGCUUAUAGACAAGUCAUUGCAGAGAAGGACGCGUUCGGUGGUCAGACGCUUUUGCGGCGAAUGACAGACUUGCUUGUAGUCCCCCGUCUCCGUCGUGCAACCAUCGCCUCAUCUUGGAUAGUAAUCUCGCAACAGUUUAGCGGAAUCAACAUUAUGGCGUUUUACUCUUCGACAAUCUUUGAGCAAGCUGGAUACUCCGCCCGACAAUGUCUCCUCGCCUCUAUGGGAUUCGGCCUCGUCAUGUUCGUCUUCGCCUUCCCGGCGGUGUACAUGAUGGAUACUUUCGGUCGGAGAAAUCUCCUCCUGAUCACCUUUCCCAACAUGGCUUGGUGUCUGUUGGCUUCGGGCCUUUGUUUCCUUAUCGAUCAAGGAUCAAGUGCGAGAGUACCGCUCAUUGCAUUCUUCAUCUAUCUAUUCACAGCGAUGUACGGGCCAGGCAUGGGUCCUCUCCCAUCCAUUUACUUUUCAGAGGCCUUCCCUCUGUCUCAUCGGGAGAUCGGCUCAGCAUUUACGAUCUGCGUGAACAAUGCGGUUGGUAGUGCGCUCACUUUGACCUUCCCCGAACUUCUGCAUAAGAUUGGACCGACCGGGGCAUUUUGCUUCUAUGCCGGUCUCAACCUACUCGCUUUCAUCGUCAUCUUCUUCCUCAUUCCAGAGACCAAACAACGGACACUGGAAGAGCUAAACUACAUUUUUGGAGUCCCCACACGUCGCCAUGCUGCCUAUCAGGUCCGUACAUGGCUACCAUGGUUAGUGAGGAGAUAUAUUCUUUUACAGAGAAACGCUGAGCUCGAGCCACUUUACCAUCUCGAGUGA